GUGAGUCAGGCUCCUGCCUGCCUGGCUUCCUCAUGUCCGGGAGAUUUAAAAGCCCAGGCUCCUCUGGCUGGGAGCAGAGCGGCGGGAAAAGCGCGCGCGCGCCAACUCGAGGGGAAGAACGCCGCGCGCGCCAAAAGCGGGGACGGAAGCCAUGCAAAGGGGAAGCGCCUGCUGGCGGCGGCAAGAGCAGCCUGCGCCGCCUGCGGCCGACGGCGGUAGCAGCAGCACCUGCCGCCGCUCCAACCCCAGGAAGCUGCGGUCUGGCCCGGGAACCGCCUGGGCUUUGCUCCUCUUCCUCCUCGCCUUUGGGGCGAGCGCGUGCAAAGGUGCACCGAUGGCACCCCAUGUUCUACAAGGAGAACCAGAUUUGCAGUUAUCAAAUGAGAUAGAUGAUGUGUGCUCUACUUACCUGGUCAGGGAUACUCCAUCUCAGUCCUCUAAUACAUUGGAAGAACUUUGCUAUAUGAUUCUGGAACUUCUACACAAAGCUCAGGAGUCAGAUGAAAAGGACAACACCAAAAGAUUCUUAUUCCAUUAUUCUAAGACCCAUGACACAGGCAACUCAGACAUUCUGUCGUCUGUCCUGCAUCCUUUGCUGCAACUUGUUCCACAACUGCAUGAGAGGAGACUGAAGAGAUACAAAGCAGACGAAGAACUUCGAAUACCUGGAGGAAUUCAAAGUAGGGGCUACUUUAUCUUCCGGCCACGCAAUGGAAGGAGAUCUGCUACAUUUCGUUAAAAUGGAUUCUUCAGCCUCACACCUAAAAUCAUCACAGGAUUGCAGACAAGAUGGGCAUUCUUUAUAUGUAAAAUGCUCUCUCUCUCUCUCUUUCUUUUUAGAUACUUCACCCACUAUGUACAUUUCUUAUAAUUAAAAAAAUGCAGUGUAACCCUAUGCAUGUUGACUACUAACAAGUAAGUUUCGGUGUGUUUAAUGGAGCUUACUCUCAAAUAAGUCAGCAUAGGAUUGCAGCCUAAGGUGCAGUUGUUUCUUUCCGAAGUAUCUUAAAAUAAUUCUGUUUCCUCAUCUCACAUUCUUUGCAACUAUGUGUGUAAUAAAAUUGAAAACAAAAUACUGUUGGUGUUAAGAUUGUUGCAUGCAAAAUACCUCGACCAUAGCAGUAUUACUACACGUGGUGUGUUCCCUCUCACCACCUUUUGUUGUAAAUAAGACACUCUGUAGAGAGUUGUUUUUAAUGAGAA